AUGGAUAGCUUACCUUUUCACCUCCUUGAAGAGAUUCUCUGCAAACUCGACCCCAAAUCUCUUGCGAUGAUGCAAUGCACGGAUCGAUCUAUCAAGACGCAUAUAUCGGAUGAUCCGUAUUUCAAAUCUGUAUUUAGGAAAAAGUGUUACGACGAGGGAACGGUUGAUGGGUACCACUUGAGAGCUAACAAGUGGAGAGUUAUGGGUUGGAUUCCACGGUGGUACGAGGGUAAACGAGAGACUAAUCAGUCCAAACCGUCUUUGUCCAUGGACGUCGACGUGGCGAUGGUUGAUGUUAAUAAUGAUGAUAAACACAUCUCCUCUAUGAGCAAAAUAAUGAGCCUGAUUAGUGGAAUCUCACCAUAUGCUCAGAGUCUCUUCAAGAAAAAGGAAAAGAGAGUUGGAAAAAGAUUGAUGAUCGAAGAAGAAACAAAAGUGAAGAUGAUGAUGGAUGAGCCUUCUUCCAAGUUCCUAGACGUGAAGAGAAGAAUCAACAAAAGAAGAAGAGUCAUGUAGACAAAAUUCGUAUUGGUUGAUGUAAUAGAAGUUUA